GAGAGAGAGAGAGAGAGAGAGAGAGAGAGAGAGUUAUGAGUUCAUCGUGGUUUGCUAUCCUUCUUUUGAUUAAUCUCUUGAAUCAUGUUUUAGCUGAUCAGAUCUUCGCCGCUCAUGCAGGUGGGACAUUUGGUCGCAGCUCUCAUGAUCCCAAAUACAAGAUUGAAUUCCAUUCAGAUGAGUCACCUUUCCACCCUGAUAAAGAUCAGGAAUCAAUGGUGAUGUCCAACACAGAGAGACAGAAAUAUUUAUGUUUCUUGCCUAAGUCUGAGAAAACCAAAACGGGGAAGCCAGUUACUCAACAAAACACCAGCAAUGUGAUUGUGGAAACUGAGCGACGGGUUAAAUUGAAGACUCCAAAUGAGCUACUUGAAGUGCUAAAAGAUGGAUGCUCUGUUAGACAAGAGAGUUGGUGGUCUUAUGAAUUGUGUUAUCAAAGAAAGUUGCGGCAAUUUCAUUUGGAGGAUGGGAAGAUUGCUCAGGAGUUUAUUUUAGGCAUAUAUGAUGCUGAAGCCACUGCUGCUUUCAACCAUAACCUCUCUGAUGUGGCUACAUUGAAAGAUCCUCGCUCAAAAGAUGCAUCUCAAAGGUAUCAUGCGCAUCAAUAUACAAAUGGUACUAUCUGUGAUCUCACAAAUCAGCCUCGAGAAACUGAGGUUAGGUUUGUCUGUUCUGAGUCCGGAGUUAUGAUUAGUUCAAUCACAGAACUAUCCACUUGCAAGUAUGCACUCACAUUUCAAUGCCCAAUGCUUUGCAAGCACCCCAUGUUUCAAGAAGAGAGACCAGUAUGGCACACCAUCAAUUGUAACAAGCUUCCCAAGGACUACAAGGAUACAGAUAUGGAUGACAGCUUCAGAGAUAAAGAGAUACUCACAAUCACGAAUAUUGAAGUUCCAUCUCAUUAUGAUUCAAAACACUAUGCAACAUGAACAUUUAUAUGCUGAGAACACAUUACUGGGAAGGGGAAUUUUUUUCGCUGUUGUGGUAGCCAAAGGAGUGUUAAGUAAUCUGGUAUGGCCUCGCCUCAAUCUUUAACCAUUUUCCCUAAAUUAUGGAUCUCAAAACAGUAUUUGUAUAGUUUCAUCUUCA